UCCUGUCUACUUGAUAGUUCUUAUAGUUAUGUCUGGAAAAGAAAAACUUGCAAUUUUCCCUUCUCGGGGAGCACAAAUGUUAAUGAAAUCCCGUUUACAUGGGGCACAAAAGGGUCAUGGUUUAUUAAAAAAGAAAGCAGAUGCAUUACAAAUGCGUUUUAGAUUAAUUUUGGGUAAAAUUAUUGAGACAAAAACUCUUAUGGGAGAAGUGAUGAAGGAAGCAGCUUUCUCAUUGGCUGAAGCUAAAUUUGCAACUGGAGACUUUAAUCAAGUAGUUCUUCAGAAUGUGACAAAAGCACAGAUUAAAAUUAGAUCUAAAAAAGAUAAUGUUGCUGGUGUUAAUCUUCCAGUAUUUGAAUCUUAUCAAGAUGGCACAGAUACAUAUGAAUUAGCAGGUUUGGCAAGAGGUGGACAACAAUUGGCAAAAUUGAAAAAAAAUUAUCAAAGAGCAAUCAAAUUAUUAGUGGAAUUAGCAUCUUUACAAACAAGUUUUGUAACUUUGGAUGAAGUUAUUAAAAUUACAAAUCGUCGUGUAAAUGCUAUUGAACAUGUUAUCAUUCCAAGAAUUGAGAAAACACUUGCUUAUAUAAUUUCUGAGUUGGAUGAAUUAGAAAGAGAAGAAUUCUAUCGAUUGAAGAAAAUUCAAGAUAAGAAGAAACAAGCAAAAGCUAAGCUUGAGGCAGCUAGAGCAGAGAUGAUAGCUUCCGGUAAAGAUGUAGAAGCUGCAAAUAUGCUUGAUGAAGGAGAUGAUGAUAUUUUAUUUUAAACAUUGUACACAAUUUAUUUUCACAAUCUAUAGUAUUAAAAAAUUGUUUUAAUUUUGAAUGAAUGUGUUAAUGAAUGAAUCCAGUGAAAUGAGAAUAUAUUUAGUAUUUUCACAAAAAUCUUAAAACAAUAUUAAUUUUAUAUUUCAGUUGUAUUAUAUAAAAAAUUAUUAUUAAAAUUUGAAACUUCUGCAUAAAUAGAUGAUAAAAGGUAGAUGAUUUUAUGGAUUACUAACAUUUUUUAUACAGUAUGAUACAUUAUGAUACAGUAUGAUAUAUUAUGAUAUAAAUAUGAUAUAAUAUGUUAUAUUGAAAUUUCACCAUAUCAUAAAAAAUGUUAAUAAUACUUUUUAUCAACUAUGUGCCACUAAUUUGAUAACUGUUGAAAUUG